UCAUAGAAAAUUAUGACUUUCUAGUAGUUGGUGUAGGAUGGAAAUUUUUUAACCGUCAAUAGAUAUAAACACUAUUUUUUUUUAAAUAAUAUACUAUAUUUAUUGACACAAAAUAUAUUUCACAUUUAUUUUUUUUAUACUGCUUAAGAUUAAUUCAUGGACUUACGAAACUUAUUUUGCUAAUUUUUUGUAGACUACAAUAGAAUAUAAACCGCGUGGUUCCGGUGACACUUUGUUGUGAUCGAGUUGCUCUAAAUUUUGUUAAUCAAAAAAGUUUAAUUUAUACGAAGUGCUAAAUAUAUUUAGAUAUCUUGAUUAAUAUUGGGAUGUUAAAUUCAAUUUAAUUCAAGUACAUAUUUUACGAAAAUAUGUCUAGUACUUAGUUAUAGUAAAUUGUAAUAUAACCUUUAUAUUAAUAAGCAAUUAUGGAAAUAAAUCCGUUAAGUACAAUUCUUGUAAAAAGUGAUAGCAAAGGUGACAGGCUUUUGUUUCGUUAUCCACAUAUGGCUAAGCACACACGAGAUUCUAAUCAAUGUACUAAAAGAAAGAAUCCUUAUUCUUUAACUAUAGCAGAAGAUUCAUUGCAGUCUUUACCUUUCUCAACCUCCAACGUAAGCAAUGGAAAUUUAACUGGAGUAACCGAUGAAGUUUUAUCAACAUUAUUUGCCGUUAAACCCGAAUUGUGUGAGCAGAAGUUCGAGUUAAAAGUAAAUGAUGUUCGCUUUGUUGGACACCCAACUCUUGUAUCAUCUCGUGGGCUAAAAGAAGUUAAUUCUUCUAUGCUUUUUAAUAUAGUUUUCGCUCUUCAAGCGCAAGCAAGUCAUUCUAUAGUAAAAUGUUAUUACGAUUUAAGUAAAAGAUUAGGUAUAGCAUUAAGACACGAAGAAAAAAGAUGUGGAUUCUUAACAGAAGAAAUAAAAAUUAUGGUUUCAACUCAUGAUGAAGUUGCUACUAGAUCAGAAGGAGAGAGUGAUUGCGAUGAAUCACCAUAUGAAUUAAUAUUACAAAGAAGUUCGCUCGCACGUGACUUAAAAUCUGUGUUUAACAGUCUUAGCACUUCUGGAGUUAUUAAUAUUAUGAUUAAUAAAUGGAUUCAGGUUCGCUUCUGCCUCCCACAAAAAGUUCAUCAAUCCCAUAAGAAAGGAUUCAUUAUUAAUCCAGAAAUAAUAGAUAGGUGUUUAAAUAGUUUAAGACCUUAUCAUGGUUUAUUAUUACUCAUUGAACCAUUAAAUUUGUUGGAUACACUUCCCCUGGAUUCUUCUCCAGCUCUUAGACGUCUCAUUCAGAUGUAUAGUCCAUUGAAAAGUUUACAAACUUUAGCUGCCGAUUCCGAUCUUACCCUUACUCAAGUUUUUCAAUUAACUGGUCACCUAGUUUAUUGGGCCAAAGCUACUAUAAUUUAUCCCCUUUGCGAGAGUAACGUUUAUGUUGUAUCGCCAGACGCUGUUAUUACAAAUCAAUUAUUAGAGACAUUCUCUGAAGAAUUUCCAGGACUAUGUCUUUUACAAGUCAUUAGUGAUUUCUCGUUACCAACAUCAAUCAGUCAAAAAUUAAAUCCUUUGAACCAAUCGCAACAACAAACACAAUUAGUGAAAAUAAUAAUAUGGUUGUUAAAGAAUCAUUUGCUUUUACAAUUGCACACAUAUGUACAAUACAUGCCAACUGUGCAUGGUCGAGUACCAUUGGAUAUAAAAGAUGAUACAAAUUAUAACAUAAAAGAACUCACAGAGAAUGGCAAUGCAAGAAAUUUGAAUGAUGUUUCAAAAGGCUCUUCAACUGACAUGAAGGAAGAGUUAUUAUUGAAUCUUCAUAAAGAAAAUGGAAUAUAUAAUUAUCAGUCAGAAGAUUAUGAUAUUUCAUCUGACGAUAGGAAAUUGUUAGAUAGAUUAUGUCGACUUGGUUAUUUUAAUGGGGGUCAUCAUUUAGAAGAAAUUAUGUACUUAGAAAAUAUACGGAGAUCUCAAAUAUUACAAAUUUUAGAUAAGUUUCGGGACGUAUUAAUCACAUGUGAGUGCGAAGACCCUGCCAUAGCUCUCUUUUUCAGUCAGUUUGGUUCUUAGCAUUUUAAAUGUACAUAUUUUUAAAUUAUGUACAGCUUAUGUUUCAUCGUUGUUACUGACUGAAAAAAUUGUAAAAAUAUUUAAAUAUACAAUUAUAAUAUAUUGUAUGGUAACAAUGAAAUUUUAAUAAGUGUUGUAUAAAACGGAAGAAAGUUAAUUUUAAUGUACCAUUUUAAAUAUUUGUUUAUAUUUAUGUAAAUUAAAAACUUUAUUGUACAUUUGUUUAACAUUUGUUAUGCAUUUUUACAAAAGGAGGAAUAAAAAUUAAUAAAUGAUCCU